CGCUCAGGAUGCUGGAUUGUAGGUGAUGAUGGCGGAAGAGGAGCUGCGCUGAGUUUUCUCCCAGUUUUUUUUUAAAUACACCCCUAUAAGACGCUCGUCAGCAGAUCUUGUCUUUCUCCUCCGUCUCACUCAGAGGGACUAUGGGGAAUGAAGCGAGCCUCGAAGGAGAGGGCCAGCCGGGGCAACCGGGAGGCGCUGUUCCCGCGGCUGGAGCCCCGGCUUCCAUUUCAGCACCAGCGGGCGGUGGACAGCUCCACAAGCCGAGCAACGGAGCGCCUGCCGGGGGAAUAGGCACCGCACACGGGCCGGGAAUGAACAGUAUCCAAGGCAAACCUAAUCAGACAGACCCGAGCAUGGGACCCAAACCUGGGGGUCCGCCAGGUGCAGGACCCGGUCCCGGAGCACCAAUGCAGCCUCAGGGGCCGGGUCAGGCUGCACGGAAGAACCUCCAGGUGGAUGUGGGGAGCAGCAAAGGUGGACACCCCGUCUCGCCCGGAAGCAGCGCUCCCACCUCGCCCUAUUCUUUACCCCAGAUCGCACCCAUGCCCAGCAGAAAACUCUGUCCGGUGUGCAAGACCGCAGAUCUGACGGGCACCACAGACGGCCAGCCAAACUGCAAUACAUGCACGCAGUGCCGCUCCAUGGUGUGCAACCAAUGCGGAUUCAACCCCAACCCUCAUCUCACUGAGGUCAAAGUUCAAGAAUGA